AUGAAUUUAAACAUUAAGUUAGACGGAGAAGAAGACCAAGCUAUUCAGUAUAUGAAUAGAUUUUCCAUCAAUAUUCCAUCAACUGCUUUUAAUUUAAACAUUGUCAAUUCCGGAUUAAACAAUCAAGGUUACAUAUUAAAUCCUGUUAAUACAAAUGGCCAAAAUAUUGUUACAUAUCAACCAUCUAUGGCUCUACAGUCAUAUUUUACAUUGCCUGCUGAAUCAGAAGGGAAUAUUAUUCAAAGUUUACCUGUGGGAGUACCGGUUCCAGUAGGAGUUCCUGUGCAAACAGGAUUUCUACAAAAUCACAACUUUGUAAAUACUAGUAUUAUUAUUGGAAAUGAAGAAUGUAAUUCUUCUGCAGUACUUAAUACUUCAUCUAAUAAUGUUAAUAAUAUAAGUGAAAUAAAAUCUGAUUUUUUCGAUAAAACGUUAGAAGAUGGUGUUAACACUAGUGAACCUCAAAAUAUUGGGUUAAACUGUAAUUCUCAAGUAAAUGUGGACAAUACGACAAAAAAACCUUGUCCACUUGAAAUGAGCAUCAAAGCUGCCAACAUAGAUAUCGAAUUUGAAAAAUGCGAAGAAGAAAUUACUAUUCCAGAGCCUGAAAAUGGGAAUUUAAAAAUUUUUCAAAAAAUCAUGGACGAGGAUAAAAAUUCUCAAUUCAAUUUUAAAACAUCACCUGUUCAACAACAGAGUAAUAAUUUUGUGAACAAUGAUUCAAAGUUUAACAAAUUUCAAGUUGAUAUGAAUUGGCAGAAAAACGAUGAGAAAGAAAAAGAAUCUCAAAUGGCUAAUUUUCAAGAGAGUCUCGUAUAUUCAUCGUCUGAAGAAAGUGAUGACUUACCAUUGAGCACAGCGUUAAAAUUAAAAACGUUGCCAAAUUCGAAAAAAGGAAACGAUUUAGACGCCAAACGUGAAAAGAAAAAUAUUUUAAAUGGUAAAGUUGUUAAUGCGGUUGGGAAAAAAAAAAGAUGUCGAAAGAACAAUAAAAUGUCGGAAAGUGAAGAUGAAUGGUCUGAAAGUGACGAUGAUUGUUUGAAUUUAAAAAGAAUCAAAAACGAAUUCGAUUACAAAUGUUAUUUCGAUCCGAAAGCUACAAUUCCUAAACCCAAUUCGCAUUUACCAAAGAAUGAGAAAACGUUGAAAAAAUUCGUUCGAGUUCGAAGUUGUUGUUCGAAAAAAGAAUGCAGUAAAAAAAUAUCGGUUAAAGAUCAAAUGGCGGCACACGCACAUUUUUACGCUAUGGAAACGGAAACGGAAAGACACGAAUAUUUAAUGAAUUGCAUAGAAAACGUACAAAAAACUAAAAAUUCGAUAGAUGCGGACAAUGCCGAAGAAAACAAUGAAAAUUAUUUUCACAAGUUGACCGAAAAUGCAACGACGGUGAGUCCGAACAUACAACUGGAAAUCGAAAAUGAAUCGAAUGGGAAUAAGAAAUUAUCGGAUGAAAUACAAAACGCCAUCAACGAAAGUCUUAAAGAUUACAUUGUUAUUGAGGAAAAGGAUAAAAAUAAAACGGAUUCUUUCGACGAAACGCAAUCGACGACGAGCGAUAAAGAAGAGAAAAACAAUUGGAAUUAUCACGUGAUCAUUAACGGUUCGAAGAAAAAAGUUUGCCUCCAAUUUUUGUUGAAACUUUUGAGGAUAACUAAAACCACGAUAAAACAAUUGCAAAAAAGAAUACUAUCGGGUACUACUCCAGUGUCGGAAGAGGGAAAUUCGAUUUUCAAAUCGAAUCAAAAAUUAACGGAAGGUUACGAAAUAGCAGCUAAAUUGCAUUUGGAUUCCGUGUCUGCAGAAUGCGAGGAAAAAUGCAACGCCGUACCGACUCACAAGUAUUUGUUAAUGAAUACGACGAAGGAAAAUUUAUUUGCCAAUUUCAAAGAAUUUUAUUGGGAAAAAAAUAAAAAGAAACUCGAUAUGACAUUUUCCGCGUAUAAAAGGAGAAAAGAUUUGUGCGCCGAGUGCGAGGAUAUGAAAAUAAAAAACAAACAAAAUAAAAACGUUAAAGACUCGAAAUUGCAAAAAUUAAAAUCAGUAGAAGACUCCAAGGGUAGGAAAUUAAAAAACAAAGAUGGCUGCCAACACGGGUCCGGAGAACAACAUUUGUCAGAGUCUAAUAGAAUCAAGUGA